CGACCAUUUUGAGUUUCUUGUUAGGGCUCUGUCUUGGUGGAAGUGAUCUAAGUGGUAAAUCCUCACGCAUUAAUCUCAGAGGUGAGUGAGUGUUUGUAAAAAUCAAUGGGGAAGGAAGUUGAUAAAAAGUUCUCUUGGGUGAUUAAGAAUUUCUGCUCUGUACGAGCGAAGAAAAUUUAUUCUGAUGAAUUCGUCGUCGAUGGCUGCAAAUGGCGUCUUUUGGCCUUCCCUAAAGGAAAUAAUGUUGAGUGCUUGUCUCUGUACCUGGACGUUGCUUGUAGUGAAUCAUUGCCUUCUGGAUGGAAAAGAAACGCAUUACUGCGUCUCAGUAUUGUGAAUCAAGUUUCUGAAAAACUCUCUGAAACUAAAGCAACACAACACUGGUUUGAUGCGACGUCUUCCGACUGGGGUUUUACAUCAAUGUUUCCCCUUUCUAAACUUCACGACAAAGAUGGUGGAUUUCUAGUAAAUGGAGAGUUGAAUAUUGUUGCUAGUGUAGAUGUUCUUGAAGUUAUUGGAAAACUAGAUGUUCCAGAUGAAUCUGAAGAGGCAACCAAAUCACUGAGCAAGUUAGAGGAAGAUGAUGGUGCAAAGUCUAGCGAUUUUCUUGAGGAAGCUUCACCGGUAAAGGAAAGCAUGGACGUCAAUGAGUUUCAAGUUCUUCCUUCACAGGUAGAAUCUGUGAGCCGUAUACUUGAAAGACACCCUGACAUUGCAUCAAAGUUGCGUCCAAAGAAUCAGCACCUGAGGUCAGCCAACAUGAGUGUUCUCCUCAGCUUAAUCGAGACAUUGUGCCAGUCGACUCAGGAACUCUCCAAGGAUGAUCUGGCAGACGCUGAGGCUGCUCUUGAAUACUUGACAAAAGCGGGGUUGAAUUUGAAUUGGUUGGAAGAGAAAUUGGAACAAGUGUCAGCAAAGAAGGAGAAAGAGGAAGCUGGUGAGACUCGGAUGCAAGAGAUAGAGGAAGAGUUGAAGGAUUUGAAGCUGAAGUGCUCAAACUUGGAAGCUCAGCUGGAGAAGGAGAAAGAAGUUGUGUCUUUGGCCAGAGCUUCACUAUCAUUCGAUGACGUUGUUUGAUGGCUGCAGAUUUGAGGUUUUCUUAGUCACGUGGAUUUUAGUUAUGUUUUUUGUUGCAGUCUCGGCUGUGGAUUGUGUCGUUGUUUCGAAUUUUCUUAAAACUAUGGAAGAUAAGUGACUUAACUUGGAUUACAAGUUUCCGCAUCUUGUAAAGAAGUAUUUUGUGGUUGAGGAGUACUCGUUACGUUU